AGGGAGUGUAAACAGAGCGGAGGCAGCCCCGCGGCCGGCCCGCCGCUCCCGCGCCGUUCUCGAGGAGCCCCAAGUGGAGAUGGAAGAGGACGAGCAGGAGCUGCGGCGCAGGAAGGUGGAGGCUGGGAAAGCCAAGCUUGCUAGCUUCCGACAGAGAAAAACAAAAGGUGACUGUCCGAAUUCGAAGAAAAAGACGGCGAAGAGGAAGGGUUCGGCUGUCAAUGCGGCUGUCCAGGAGGAGGGUCCGGUAGCCACGCAAACCAGUGAGCGCCCCCGAGGAGGGGCUGCUUCUGAAAGCAAGUCAUGCAGCGACACCCUGGAGGGGGCCGGAGGGGCAUCUGCAGCUCAGGAACGGCAAGACUGUGACCUGGAUGAGUCUGGCCUGCAGGGACAGCAGCAGAAGCUGCAGCCGCAGCCGCAGCCACCCCAGACAGCCCACAGCCUUGAGCUAGAAGCACUGCGCCUGAGCCUGAACAACAUGCACACAGCACAGCUAGAGCUGACGCAGGCUAACCUGCAGAAGGAGAAGGAGACAGCGUUGACGGAGCUGCGGGAAAUGCUCAAUGGCCGGCGGGCACAGGAGCUGGCGCUGCUGCAGAGUAGGCAGCAGUGUGAGCUGGAGCUGAUGCGAGAGCAGCAUGCCCGUGAGAAGGAAGCGAUGGUGCUCCGCUGUGGGCAGGAAACAGCUGAGCUGAAGGAGAAGUUACGUUCAGAAAUGGAGAAAAACGUCCAGAUGAUAGAGACUCUGAAGCAAGAUUGGGACUCUGAAAGAGAGUUAUGUUUGGAAAAUCUACGCAAAGAAUUGUCCGCAAAGCACCAGUCGGAAAUGGAGGCUCUGCAAAACCAGUUUCAGAAAGAAUUGUCGGAACAGAAAGCUGAGUUGGAGAAGAUUUUUCAAGCCAAACAGGAGGCUGAAGUUUCCCUGCAGAAGCUGGAGACUCAGCACCAGGCAGCCGUCAAGAAGUUACGAGAAGAUCUGCAGUCAGAGCAUUGCCAGUAUUUACAAGAUUUAGAGGUGAAGUUCAGAGAAAAGGAAAAAGAAAAAGAGUUGGAGUUAGAGACUCUUCAGGCAUCCUAUGAAGACCUGAAGGCUCAGUCCCAAGAAGAAAUUAGAAGCCUGUGGUCCCAGCUUGAGUCUGUGAAAACCAGCAGAGAGGAACUGAGUGGGUCAUGGGAGCCACUCCUGGCCCGGGCAUCUCACCUGGAGGAGUUGGAGCACCUUCGCGCAGACUUCGCUCAGCAGCAGCAGCAAGAAAGAGCCCAGCACGAAUCCGAACUGGAGCACCUGAGGGUGUAUUUUGAGAAGAAGUUGAAGGAUGCUGAAAAGACCUACCAAGAAGACCUGACCUUGUUCCAGCAACGGCUGCAGGAGGCAAGGGAGGAUUCUCUGGAGUCUGCAGAAAUCAGUUCAUCGUGCAUAUUUCCAGAGGAGAUACCUGGCAGGGAAAGAAAGGAGCACCCUGAUGAACUUGAUCUUCUGCUUGAGCAGCCGAAGGAGAACUCACAAAGUUCACAAGCCGGACUAGAAGAAGAUUCCACGCACGAAACGGAUGUGUUGAGUUCUUCCCUUGAUUUCCAACUCGCCGAGGACAAAUCACACAGCUGCUGCUUGAGGCCCGAGGAAGUGAAACAGGAGAGGCUCCCACUUGUACUUUCAGACCAGCACAACCAAGGGCUUACACAAGCACAUCUCCAGCGUGCAGAGGACACGGCUUCGGAGGUCGAUGCCCAGGUGGCUGCUAGAAUCCUGGCUUUGGAAGCCGAGCACAAGGUUGAGCUUUCCCUUCUCCAGGCUGAGCUCAAGGAAAAAAUUGAACUCUUAAAAAUAGAGAACAGAAACUUACAGGAGAAACUGCAGCAUGAGGCCCAUCUGAGGGAGGACCUGGAGAGCGUCAAACACAGUCUAAUUGAAGACCAUCAGGUCAGACUACGUACGGCUGAAGAAAAGAUUCAGCUAAUGAAACAAGAGUUCCAAAAAAAGGAAAUAGAGUGGGAGCUUUCGCAUGAGGACCUGAAGAGAGGAGCUGAAGAGAGAUUGACUUCCAUGUUUCUUGAGCUAAGAGAGAAAGCCGAGUCUGAGAAACAGUCCAUCAUAAACAGGUUUGAGCUUCGGGAGUCUGGCAUGAGGCAUCUGCAGGACCAGCAGGCUGCCCAGAUCUUGGACCUGGAGAGAUCUCUGAUGGAGCAGCAGGGCCGCCUGAGGCAGCUGGAACAAGAGCUCAUUAGAGAUGAAGGUCUGCUCUGUAGCCAGUGUGGCCAGGAGCCCCCUGUGGCCCAGGAUGGGGAGCACGUCAUGCUGGUCCGUGAGAAGGAGGACUGUGCCCUCCAGCUGCUGAUGGCCCAGAACAGGUUUUUGGAAGAGCGAAAAGAGAUCAUGGAGAAGUUUGCCAAGGAGCAGGAUGCCUUUCUCCGAGAUGCCCAGGAAAAGCACACCCAUGAGCUCCAGCUCCUGCAGCAGGGACACCAGCAGCAGCUCCUGGCUCUGAGGAUGGAGCUUGAGACCAAGCACCACUCUGAGCUCGCCCGACAGCUCGCCUCCCUGGAGAGCAAGCAGCAGGUGCUUCUUGAGGCUCACGCGGCCGAACUGCAGGUAAAACACAGUGCUGAAAUGAGUGCUUUGGAAAAGCAACACCUGUCAAAUCUGAAUGCGUUGGAAUCCUGUUACUUGGCCGAUGUUCAGACUAUCCGGAACGAGCACAGAAGGGCUUUGGAGCUCUUGCGAGCGGAGCUUGAGGAACAGCUACAGAAAAAGGACUCAUCUCACAAAGAGAUUUUGGCACAUGAGUUGGAAAAACUUACACUGAAACACGCUGAGGAGCUUCAGUCUGCAAGAAAUAGCCUGAGAAUCCAAACGGGUGCCAAGCACACACAGAACGUGAAAGCCCUGGCCACUGACUCGCCUGGUACACACCAGGAGGAACUGGCCACGGCUCUCCACAGCCAGAGGCACCUGCUAGAAGAGGGUGGAAAUGCAGCUUUGGACAGCGUGGGUGCCAAGGGCCUACUGCCCCAGGCUGUACCUCAUGAGCUGGGAGACCUACACACCACUGAACUACAGAAGCCGCAAGCAGACUUAGCCAAACCUCAGGAGCUGCAGGCAUCGCAGGACCAGGCAGCACAGCUGAAAGGUCAGGUCUUCUUGCUGAGUCGGGAGGUCGAAGAGUGCCGAGAGGAGCUGGAGAGGCUGCAGCAGAGGAGGGAGCGGGAGAACCAGGAGGGCGCCACUCUCAUCUCCAUGCUCAGGGCUGAUGUGGACCAGGCUCAGAGCGAAGGGAAAGCACUCCGAAACUCCCUGAGGAGACUGCUUGAUUUGUUCGGAGAAACACUGAAGGCAGCUGUGACCCUAAAGAGCCGAAUCAAUGAGCGUGCAGGGCUCCUCCUGGACCAUGUGGAUGCUACAGACACAAGUGAUGCCCCCUUAGCAGCUGCAGCCCUUGGCGAUAUGUGGUCUGACGAGGGUCUACUAGAGGUAGACAGAACUUUGCCUGAAGGGGCAGAGACAUCUUCAGUGUCUGAAAUUAGCAGUAACGUGUGUGAAAGCUUCUUUAUGAACCCUGAAAAUACACUGGAAUAUGAGCAGCCAAUUAGGAGAGUCUUUCACAGCCUCAGCACGGCCGUGGAUGGUCUCCUGGAGAUGGCCCUGGAUUCCUCCAAGCAGCUGGAAGAAGCGCGCCAGCUCCACUGUUGUGUUGAGAAAGAGUUCCGCCACAGGAGUGAGGAGAUGGCACAGGUUGUGCAGAAGCAGCAGGAGCUGCUGGAACGCCUGAAGGAGGAGAACGCGGCCAAGGAUGGGCUGGUACUGGAGUUGCACACAGCAGAGGGUCUCGUCGAAGGAUUCAAGGUGGAGAAAGCAGAUCUGCAGGAGGCACUGGGCAAAAAAGAGGAGUCGGAACAGCAGCUGAUCCUGGAGCUGGAGAACCUGCGGAAGCAGCUGCAGCAAGCUGCCCAGGAGCUGGUCACUCUCAAGGAAGAAAACUUGGUCUUGUGGAACCAGAAGGAAACUUUCACUAAUGAAGCAAAAGAAAGAGAGUCUGCGUUGCAGAAGGAAGUGGAGUCUCUCACCAGAGACCAGUGGGAGGCUAGGAAGCAGUCUGAGAAGGACCGCGCCACUCUGCUCUCUCAGAUGCGAGUCUUGGAGUCUGAGUUGGAGGACCAACUUGUGCAACACCGCGGCUGUGCCCAGCUGGCUGAAGAAGUGGCCACCCUGAAGCAGCAGCUGGCUGCCCUAGACAAGCAUUUACGCAGCCAGCGCCAGUUCAUGGAUGAGCAGGCUGCUGAGCGUGAGCAUGAGCGCGAAGAGUUCCAGCAGGAGAUCCAGAGGCUGGAGGAGCAGCUCCGCCAGGCAGCCCGGCCGCGGCCUCCUGGGGCCCGUGACAGCCAGUGUGCACAGCUAGAUGAGGAGGUGGAAUUGUUACAAGAAAAAUUGAGAGAAAAAUUAGAUGGAUUUAAUGAAUUGGUCAUAAAGAAAGAUCUUGCAGAUCAACAAUUGUUAAUCCAAGAAAAAGAAAUCAAACGUCUUGAGGAGGCAAAUAUCAACAUACAAAGACAAAUGGCCCAGCUCCAGGAAGAACUGGAAAAGCAGAAAAAAACCAUGGAGGAAUUAGAAGAUAAAGAGGUACUAGAGCAAGAACACACCAGUGACUUGCUGCCAGCACCUGUACCACAGUCCAGGCUGGAUGAAGCUGGGCGUCCAUGUCCCGUGCUUUCUCAGGGCAGCUCCUCUAGGGGACCUGAAGCCCAACCAGAGGAAGCAGAGAGGACGCUCCUGCAGCAUGAGAAUGAGGCUGCACGCCGCAGAAACUCUGAGAUCGAAGAGCUGAAAGCCAUCAUCGAAAAUCUGCAGGAAAACCAAGAACAGCUACAGAAGGACAAAGCGGAAGAAAUCGAGCAGCUGCAUGAAGUCAUUGAGAAGCUGCAGAGCGAGCUGAGCCUCAUGGGGCCCAAGGUGCAUGAAGUCAGUGAUCCUCAGGCCGGCAGCCUCCACAGUGAGCUGUCUCACCUCCAGGCAGAGAACCUGGGUGCGCAGGCGCAGGCACUCCGGAAUGAGCUAGAAGCUGCACAGGCAGCCAAGGAGGUCUUUGGGCAGCUUCUGGCAGAGCAGGCGCACGGGCACAGUCAAGCCCUGGAGGCAUUGCAGCAGCGACUACAGGCUGCAGAAGAUGCUGCUGCAAGACACCUGGCUGACCUGGAGCGCUCUGUGGCCCUCAGAGAGGCCGAGGUUGAAGGCAUGGCCUCCCGGAUCCAAGACUUUGAAGAUCUCCUGAAGGCAAAGGAAGCAAUCAUUGUGCAGAGAGAUUUGGAGAUUGAAACCAUGAACAAGUGGAAAGUAAGCCAUUCCCUGGAGCUGGAGGCCAUCCUCUUGGCUCUGGCACACUUCUGCCAUGCUCUAGAACAGCAGACCCUUGCCUCCCCAGACGAGCCUCCUGAGCUGCAGCAGCUGCGAGUGCAGUGUGCUCGCCUUAGCCGCCAGCUGCAAGUGCUGUCCCGGCAUUUCCUGAGGUGCCAGGUGGAGCUGGACCCGCAACAGGCUCAUGUAGCAUCCCUUGGCUGCCCAUACCCUUGUGCCGAUGCACAGGCUAAACAUGACGAUCAACCGGAACAGGACAGUGUCAGCAGAGGGCUGGCCUUGGCUCCCCCCAGCUCAGCCCCACAGGAUAAUCUACAGUCUUCCAAAGUCCUUGUGACACUAAAAGAUGCCAGUCUCUACAAGGCCGAAAGUGUGAUGUCAGUGCUUGCAGUCUGCCAGAGGCGACUGGAAGCAGAGAUGCGUUUAGUGAAAGAUGCAAUGCACUUGAGCAUGGAGGAUGACAGCGGGGUUCUUGAGAGGAUGCAGGCUAAGGAAAAGCAACUGGCCGAUUGUCAGCUGGGCAAUGCCAAUCUCAUAGUCCAGGUGAAACAACUUCAGGAGAAACUGAACCACCUGGUACAGUCCAUGGCCUUCAGGGACACCAGCAUGGAAAAUCCUAAACUACCUCAGCCAAACCUGUCAGAAAAUGGUUCAAGUAAUAACUGCCACAAUGGUGAAGAAAGUGAGGCAUUGCCUCCCGUUGACGUAUUUAAUAUUGCUAAAUCCACGUGGGAUGUAAUGGAUGUUACUAAAGAUGAGGAUUUGUUGGUCCAAAUUGAAAUGCCAGAUUUCCACACUCAAGGAAAGUUAACAUCACAAGGUGGACCUCUUUCCUCACAAACCACUGUGCGCAGUGACCCUCUCCACACCGAGGAGGCCGAGCCUCAGAAGGACCCAGUGAGGGUACUGGACCUGUCUUCCUGGAGCUCCCCCGAGGUCCUCCGGAAGGACUCGACCCUCGAGCUCCAGCACAGCCUCGCCCUGACACCCGGCACAGGCACAGUGAGCCUUCACAGUGUGGACACAUCACCAGACUGGACGGACCCACUGCUGCAGGCUGAUGCAUCAGGGAUGCUUUGUUACCCGGGCAAGUCGGCACCAGGCCAGGCCCCACUGUGGGUGGUGGCUCCUUCGGCUGAGAACCACCAUGUGGAGAGGACAGCCAUGGAGAAGGACGUUGAAGACUUUAUCAUAACAUCUUUUGAUUCUCAAGAAGCGUUAACAUCCCCCUCUCAUGAAUUAGCAAGAAGAAGUGAUGGGAGUGACAAAAGUGAUGGUCCUGGCAUUGCUACAGUGAUGACCUUGGGCUCAGGAGGAUCCGAGACUCCCACCACUGGUCUUGCAGCUUCUGCUUCUGUUCCUUCCCCUAGAAGGGUUGUCCAGUCACCAGGAUCCAUGAAGGAGAAGGAAGUCCAUGCAAAGCACAUGAAGGCUUUGCUGCAGAUGGUAUUUGAUGAGAGCCACCAGAUACUGGCCUUGUCAGAGAGCCAAGACCUCCCUAGUGCACUGAGCAAGGGUGAACCACGUGACCCCCCGGAUGGCUUCCCAAGGGACAGGCAGGCCCUUUUGGAGUUGACAACUGUCAGAAGAGAGAAGGAGCCUUUAGAAACACACGUUACGAGGAGUGAGGAGCUUUUGCGGGCCAUACAAGCAGUGUUCACCAGGGAGCAGGAGAAUGCCGGGCUGCAGCCUCGAUCUUGUGGCUCCAACCUAGGAGAUUAUAACUUCCUGUUCAAGAGGCUGGAGAAGGUUCUUCAAGAGCAUGGAGACCUGCAGAAGGCCCAGGAACACCUGCGUCUGCCAGAUAGGAGCAGCCUGCUCUCUGAGAUUCAGGCUCUGCGCGCCCAGCUGCGCAUGACACACCUACAGAACCAGGAGAAGCUGCAGCAGUUGUGUGCAGCAUUGACAAGCACAGAGGCCCGUGGGAGCCAGCGGGAGCACCAGCUACGACGACAGGUUGAACUGUUGGCAUACAAAGUUGAACAGGAAAAGUGCAUAGCAAACGACUUACAGAAAACCCUGAGCAAAGAACAAGAGAAGACGAGUGAUGUCCGGAAGCGCCUGCUGGUGGAACAGAGCGCCGUGCAGGAUUUGAAGUCAGAGCUGCAUGCCUGCAAGCAGGAGAACACAAGGCUGUUGGAGUCGCUGGACAAGGUGCAGCAGGAGGUCCUUCGGCUCAGAGCCAUGUUGGAUGGGAAGGAGAAUGAACUGAAGGUUGUACUCAAGGAACUGGAGUGUGAGCGUGAAAAGGAGCGAGCCCUCCAGGCCCAGCAGGAGGAGCAGCAGCUGCGGCACCUGCAGAGGGAGGGCCAGAGUUCAAGGGCCCUGGAGGAAUUGAAAACAUCUUUGGAGAAGCAACGUGCUCAAAAUAAUCAAUUGUGUGUUGCUCUAAAACAUGAGCGUGCGGCCAAGGACAACCUGCAGAAGGAACUGCAGAUCGAGGCCUCCCGUUGCGAGGCCUUGCUGGCACAGGAGAAGGGGCAACUCUCCGAGCUACAGAAGAGCCUAGAGGCCGAGAAGAGCCGCUCACUAGAGCUCUCCGAGGCCUUACAGCAUGAGCGGCUCCUGACGGAGCAGCUGAGCCGCCACGCACAGGAGGCCUGUGCCCGCCAAGAUGCCCAAGCGCAGCACGCCUUGCUGCGGAAGCUGAAAGCAGAGAAGGCCCGCACGUUGGAGCUGGAAGCCAUGCUUGAGAAGGUACAGAAGCAGGCUGCACACACAAGGCAGCAGCUGGAAUCUCAGGCCCAGGAGCGCUGUGUAGAGCUCAGGAAGGAGAAGGAGGUAAGUGGCAACCUGAGAUCAACUGUGGAUGCGAUGCAGACCCACACACAGGAGCUGGGAUGCUGUCUGCAGAGAGAGAGGGAGAAGGCAGCUUGCUUACAGGCAGAAUUAGAACAGUUAUCCACAAGAGUGAAAGAGCAAGAAGGACACAAGGAUGCAAACAGGCUGGAGAAGAGGUCAAGUCGAGCAGAUGUGGACAAGAAGAAGUGGCAGAGAGACAAGGAGAAGCUGCGAGAACUAGAAUUACAGCGCCAGCGUGAUGAGCAUAAGAUCGAGCAGCUUCAGCAGAUGGUGAGAGAGCUGAGGUGGAAAGAGGGCGUGCCUGGAGGAAACAUCCCUGGCCAGGGCACCCCCCGAGUGGGUUCUCAGGAGCCGGACCAUUUCCAGGAACAGCAGCAGGAACUGGAGAAGAUACGGCAGCAGCUGCUGUGUGCAGCUGGGCUCCUCACAAGCUUCACCAACCACACAGUGGACAGGACGAUUAAAGACUGGACGUCAUCAAAUGAGAAGGCGGUGUCAUCCUUAAUGCACACCCUCGAGGAACUGAAGUCUGAGCUGAGCGUGCCCUCCUCUCAGAAAAAAGUGGCUACAGACCUGCAAGCCCAGCUCGUGAAUGAACUGCUGAGAGACAAUGAUGCCCUCGCAAAAGCUGUGAGCUCAGCAACCCUAGAGAAAGCAGAACUGUGCAAGACCAUCUCCCGGCUCGAGAAGACCCUGAAGCACCACACACAGAAGGGCUGCAUUCUCAGUAGGCAAAGCAAACCUUCAAGCAAACAAGAUGGGACGGGUUUGCAGAGUUCUCUACGGCACUCAGAGCCAGAGUGGCAGGCGCAGACUGCAGGCGGGGAAACAAAUGCCUAUAAUAUCAAAGUAGAGAAACUGUACCUGCACUAUCUGAGGGCAGAGAGCUUUAGAAAAGCUCUGAUUUAUCAGAAGAAAUAUCUCUUACUGCUGAUUGGCGGGUUCCAGGAUUCUGAACAGGAAACGCUCUCCAUGAUUGCCCAUUUGGGGGUGUUUCCUUCCAAAGCAGAUAAGAAAAUCACAACUUCACGUCCUUUCACAAAGUUCCGCACUGCUGUCCGGGUAGUCAUCGCAGUACUGAGGUUACGAUUUUUGGUUAAGAAAUGGCAAGAGGUGGAUCGGAAAGGAGUGCCACUACAAGGCAAAAGCAUCCGCCAAGGACACCGAACAUCCCGGAGACAACAUUCUCCAUCAGAAACCAGAGCGUCUCAGCCAACCCGAAAUGUUUCCUCGGGUCAUAUCAAGGACUCUUGGCACAGCCCCAGAUCAGCAACAGCCGUCUCGCUGGGCAAGGAAAGAUCACCAAAUCCAAGGUUAGAAAGAUCUCUGACUGCUUCUCAAGAUCCAGAACAUUCCUUGACAGAAUAUAUUCAUCGUCUAGAAAUGAUCCAGCAAAGACUUGGGGGGGUAUUACCAGAUUCUACUCAGAAAUCCUGCCACCAGAAGAUUAAACAGUGAAUAAAAGUCCUUGUGGCCCUUAAACCUUUGAUGGUUCUCUUUGAGGAAAUACGGGUUUCCUAAGGAAAGCUCGCGGUAUGGUCUGGGACACACUUCAGGAGUGACGAUACCAGCCCCUAGGAGCCGCCACGUAUUUCCCCUGCAACACGCUGCUAACUGGAGCGUUCUUUUUCGCUCCUUACCUCCCAGUGAGCAGUGGCUGUGUUGUGUUCUGUGCCUAUUGAUGGAGCCAUCCCUCUUCCAUGUCAGAAGUGGAGAGUGGUGUCCAGGUGUUUAUUUUCUUAAUGUGUAAGGAUGGAAAGUUCAUUUGAAAAUGAGCACACAGGAAGGAAAGAAUAAAUUUUAAGUGCUGUUCUCUUUGGAUAGUCUUGUGUUGUUGGUUUUUGUUUUUUGUUUUUUCAGUCCAUUCAGUUUAUUCUUUUUGUUGGCAAAAAUAAUAAAACGUAUUGAUGCCAAACUUUUUCCUCAUGGCUACAGCCAUUAUGUAACUCACUUGUAUUUAUACUUCUGAAACAAUAAAUAUAGUUCGUGGUUA